UGCGAGUACUAAUUGAAUAAUGAGCUCUGAAAAUAGAACCUGGCAAUAAUUACUUUCAUUCUCCUAAAACUAACUGAAAACCAAGGUCAAAACAAUACAAACAAACAAGUUGCGCGCUUCAGUCGUCGAUUUUCAUAAACUGUGUCAAUAUGAUAUGGUUUUCAACUGCUGUAAUUACAAUAAUUGCCCUAUUCUACUGGCUUUUAAUCCGGCCAUUCAAACACUGGAUUAAAAAAGGAGUGGCCCAAGGCAACCCGGUGCCCGUAUUUGGGCACCUAUUGGGUACAAUCCUACACAAACAAUCCUUUUCGGAGAUGAUUCAAACGGUUUAUAACAUCGCUCCUGAUUCCAGAUACUGUGGAAUGUAUCAAUUUUUCCAACCAAUGCUGGUCUUGAGAGACCCAGAACUGAUCAAGCAAAUAACAGUAAAAGAUUUUGACUUGUUCAUGAACCACAAGGGCUUCAUUCCACCAGACUGUGAGCCACUAAUGGGAAAAGUCCUGAUAUUGUUAACCGAUCAAAAAUGGAAAGACAUGAGAAAUACACUCAGUCCGGCAUUUACAAGCAGCAAAAUGAAAUACAUGUUUGGUCUGAUCUCCGAAAGUGCGCAGCGAUUUACUGGGCAUUUUUCGAAAAAGAAUGAUAACGUUAUCACAAUUGAAAUGAAAGAUAUAUUUAGUAGGUUUACGAACGAUGUUAUCGCUAAUACAGCCUUUGGUGUGGAAAUUGAUUCGUUAGAAGAGCCCAACAAUGAAUUUUAUUUGAUGGGACUUGAAAUCACAAAUUUUCAGGGCGUGGUGACCUUUCUGAAAUUCCUGACAUUUGUUAUCCUUCCCCGAGUAGCUAAAUUUUUGAAACUUACAUUUUUCUCCAAAAAAGUUGGCAAAUUCUUCACCAAAGUCAUAAAAGAGAAUAUCGCAAAUAGGGAAAAACACGGAAUUGUGAGACCUGACAUGGUCAACCUACUACUAGAAGCACGAAAAAAUUCAGACACACAGAAAAUAACAGACGAGGAUAUAACAUCUCAAGCCAUUAUUUUUUUCAUGGGCGGUUUUGACCCAGUUUCUUCACUAAUGUCCUUCAUGUCGUACGAACUUGCGGCCAAUCCGGACGUGCAAACGAAACUCCUCCGCGAAAUUGACAAAACUUACGAACGUUGUGACGGAAAGCUCACUUAUGAGGCUUUGGUAGAAAUGAAAUUUAUGGACAUGGUGGUGUCAGAAACGUUAAGGCUUUGGCCAGCAAACGGGAUGACUGAUCGCGUUUGCAACACUUCGUAUAUAAUUGAACCAAAGGACUCAACAGAGAAACCACUCCGUUUGGAGAAAGGUGACGUCGUAAUGGUGCCAAUUUUUGGCAUUCAGAGGGACCCUAAAUAUUUCCCUGAGCCGAACCGUUUUGACCCCGAAAGGUUUAAUGAAGAAAAUAAAAUCAAAAUUAAACCCUACACGUAUUUGCCUUUCGGGACCGGACCGAGGAACUGUCUUGGAACUAGACUAGCCCUACUUGAAACCAAAGCACUAUUCUUCCACCUCUUAUCAAACGUCGAAAUUAUUCCCGUAGAAAAAACGGAAAUACCGUUGCGACUCAACCGGAAGUCGUUUAAUAUGACUGCCGAAAACGGAUUCUGGUUGGGCCUGAAGCGGCGUAGUGAUAAGUUGUAAAAACUUUAUUUAAAUGACCCAAUAAAUGUAAAUAAAAAAUAAAUAACGUUUUGUGUUUUCGAAAAUUGUUUAAAAAAUCAAUGGGUAAAAUUUUAAGAAAGAUAGAUUAGUAAUAAAUUUAAUAAGGUGUU